UGGGUCAUGCGUGGCCGGAAGUGUUUCCCGAAACGGAGUAUUCGAGAUGGGGACCGCCCUGGACAUUAAGGUUAAAAGAGCGAACAAGGUUUAUCACACCAGGGAAAUGCUCUCUGGGGUGGUGGUCGUAUCUGGGAAGGAUUCGGUCCAGCACCAGGGAGUCUACUUGACAGUGGAAGGAGCCGUGAACCUCCAACUCAGCGCCAAGAGUGUGGGUGUGUUUGAAGCAUUCUAUAAUUCUGUUAAACCCAAGAAGGGGAAACUGACUCCGAGUCCCGUGGACUUCACUGUCACACCUGAAACCUUACAGAAUGUCAAAGAGAGAGCCUUGCUCCCCAAAUUUCUCAUCAGAGGACAUCUCAACUCGACCAGCUGUGUUAUCACACACCCACUAAUGCGAGAGCUGGUGGUGGAGAGCUCGGAGGCCACCAUCAAAAGCAUCGAGCUGCAGCUGGUGCACGUGGAGACCUGUGGCUGUGCAGAAGGGUACGCCCGCGAUGCCACAGAAAUUCAGAACAUUCAGAUAGCCAAUGGGGACGUGUGUCGGGGCCUCUCUGUCCCCAUAUACAUGGUCUUCCCCCAGCUCUUCACCUGUCCGACACUGGAGACCACCAACUUCAAAGUGGAGUUCGAGGUUAACAUUGUUGUGCUGCUUCACCCUGAGCACCUCAUCACAGAGAACUUCCCGCUGAAGCUCUGCAGGAUGUAGGCAGGAACAGGUGGAAAUGCAGCCGUGCGGACCUACGGAAGCUGAAGCCGGCAGCCCCGAACUUGCUUUCUUGAUGGUUCUGUAUCAGAAAUGAGUCUGACCCUUCUUCCUCAUUCCCUCGAGGCCCCUCUAGUCAGAACUUCCCUUUGAAAUUCAUCAGGAUUUCUUCAUGGCGUUGGCAAGAUUGUUUCCCAGAGAGUAAAUUUCCUGUGACUCCUGACUAACCUGCUCCUUUUUAGGUUCAGAGCACAGUUAUAACACAGUCUGAAUUUUGCUGGAAAGUGAGGUCAGGGACAAAGGAAACCUCCUGUCUGGCCGACGGUUGUGGCCAGGGCUCCCAACAGCUCCCCGACUGCGCAGGGUGGCGACAGGCGUGCUGGUUGCCAAUGACUUUGGUGGACACCCGCCAAGGAGGGUGCUGUGGUGCCCGCUGCAGAUGCGCAGCG